AUGUCAGACAAGCUCAAGGAACGCAGAAGAACUCCGGUUUCCCAUAAAGUGAUAGAAAAGAGAAGGAGGGAUCGAAUCAACCGCUGCUUGAAUGAGCUGGGCAAAACGGUGCCCAUGGCCUUGGCAAAGCAGAGUUCCGGGAAGCUGGAGAAGGCGGAGAUCCUGGAGAUGACGGUUCAGUACCUGAGAGCCCUGCACUCCGCCGAUUUUCCCCGGGGAAGGGAAAAAGCAGAACUUCUAGCGGAGUUUGCCAACUAUUUCCACUACGGCUACCACGAAUGCAUGAAGAAUCUGGUGCAUUAUCUCACCACCGUGGAGCGGAUGGAGACCAAAGACACGAAGUACGCGCGUAUCCUCGCCUUUUUGCAGUCCAAGGCCCGCCUGGGCGCAGAGCCCCCCUUCCCGGCCCUGACUUCACUCCCAGAGCCGGAUUUCUCUUAUCAGCUGCACCCGGCGGGACCGGAGUUUGCGGGCCACACCCCGGGCGAGGCCUCCGUGUUCCCGCAGGGUGCUGCCCCGGGGUCUUUCUCCUGGCCACCUGGCGCAGCCCGAAGCCCAGCGCUCUCCUAUCUGCCCAGCGCACCGGUGCCACUCUCGAGCCCCGCGCAGCAGCACAGUCCCUUCCUGUCGCAGGUCCAGGGCCUGGACAGGCAUUACCUCAACCUGAUCGGCCACGCCCACCCCAACGCCCUCAACCUGCACGCGCCCCAGCACCCCCAGGUGCUCUGA